AUGCCAGAGUCAGAUAUAUUUUUGUAUCAGAAGGACAAGAAACGAUGGGUCGUCAUCGUGGCCAUUGUCGCCAUAACUAUAGUAGUGCUAGCUGCUGUGAUGACAGCCAUCGCUGUGCCGUUGUCGAGAUCAACAAAAGAAAGCGACUCUCUGGAGACGGCCAAAAGGCUGAUGAAAGAAGUGCCACUUGUAGAUGGUCACAACGAUUUGCCAUGGCAACUGAAAAAUCACUAUGACAACAGAUUACAUGAUAUAAACCUUUAUGAGAGCACUGAAGAUAAAUUUGGGGAUUAUGGACACACAGACAUUCCUAGACUAAAAGAGGGACUAGUUGGAGCACAGUUCUGGGCUGCAUACAUGAGCUGUGAUGCUCAAUAUAAAGAUGCAUUACGUCAUACAAUUGAACAGAUUGACGUCAUCAAACGAUACACAGAGCAGUAUCCGGAAUUCGAAUUCGUAACAACGGCACAAGAAUUAUUGGACGCAUUCGCAGCUGGUAAAAUCGGAAGUUUGAUUGGUGUAGAGGGUGGACAUGGAAUGGACAGCCAGUUGGGUGUUCUGCGCAUGCUCUAUGAAUUAGGCACUCGAUACAUGACAAUAACGCACAGUUGUAACACUCCAUGGGCUGACAAUUGGAUUGCGGAGGAAGCAGAAUACGGUGGACUCACUGCCUGGGGAAAGCAAGUCAUCCGUGAGAUGAACAGACUGGGCAUGCUCAUUGACCUUUCACACGUCUCCUACGAUACAAUGCGUGACGCAUUGGAGGUGACCACAGCGCCUGUAAUAUUCAGCCAUUCAUCCGCAUAUGAGCUCUGUCACCAUGGUAGGAACGUACCCGAUGACAUAUUGCAUUUAGUGAUCACAUUGAAUAUUUAUGAGAUGUCUGUGGAAUUGAUUGUGUUGGUAUGGGUUCGGACUAUGACGGUGUCACUACGUAUCUUACCAAUUGGGCUGGAAGAUGUGUCCAAAUUCCCAGAUUUAGUUGCUAUAUUGGUGGAACGAGGUUGGUCUGAUUACGACGUCAAACAGGUGAUAGGAAAUAAUUUACUAAGGGCGUUCACUAAAGCCGAGGAGGUACGAGACUCUAUGACGAACAUGAUGCCAAUCGAUGAAUCCAUACCACGUGAUGCAUUGGGAGAAGACUCUCAAUGUAGAACCCACGUCUAUGAACCUUGACCCGAGUGGUGAUAUGUGACGUUGUCUGUGCACGUAUGUUCGAUAUCGCCGCACGCAUUCAUUCCUUCUUCGUGGUAGUGUUUCUAGUAUAUUUUUUGUAUCUAGUAGUGCGUGAUAUUUUGUAAAUAACAAUGUACUGAGAUAGUGUUUGAGAAUUUUUUUGAUUUGCUUUCUUCACCAUUUCCAUAGAGGCAAUUGUCCAAUUUGCUGUGUGAACAAAGCUUUGAACAUUGUGAACUUGCC